CAUUUUGUGUCUCCACAGACCGAGCAGAUUAAAUUGGUAGUUAACGAAGACGGAAGCAAAUAUGCGAAUGUUCACUUUAUUUCUGAAUAUACAGCUUUCAGUAGAGUGUGUUAAAGUUUGACUUGAAGGGAUAGUUAAAGUGAUUUUCGAUCACCUUACUAUUUUUCUUGUAAUCAGAUGGUUGGCCGCAUUGCUGGUCUAAUCUUGUUUACGUUUUGCUGUAGCACGACAGCUAAAGCUAACCACACUAGCACAGUUUCUCUCUAGCAGCUAUCCUAACGUUAGCUCGCGAGCAGUUGUCCUAGCUUUAGCUUUCUAAGCUAACUUAAAUCUGUGGCGAAAUGGCGGCCAACACGACACAAACAACACCGACGACUAACUGGUCUUAUGGUGCUUCUGGGGAUGGCCAGGUUCACGAAAACCCAGAAUGGGAGAAAGCAAGACAAGCACUAGCAUCCAUUAAUAAGAGUCAGAGCUCUGCUAAGGCUACUCAAGCCAGCCGGACCACAGCAGAGACUGGUCAGUUUCAAUCUGCAGUCACUGAAUCUGCUGCUGUUCAGCAGCAGUACUAUCCGUGGUACCAGCAAACUCAGCAGCACUAUCCUGGAUACACGUACCCCUAUAAUUACUACUAUCCCAUGGGUCCAUAUGGAGCUGCAUAUCCACCAAAUCAGUAUGGUGUACCUCCAGGUGCUUAUCCAGGAACUCCAGCCUCUAAUGGACAGCCUCCUCCAGUGCCUGGAAUGGAAGACCAGUCCCCCACAUAUCCCUCUCAACCACAGCCUCCCCCCCCUCCUGCUCCUCCGCCACCUCAGCGCCCAUCCACCUCAGAGAACAACGCCUAUCAGGCCUCUCAAAAUAACUCCCAGCAGCAACAGCAGCCAGGCCAGUAUGUACCAGGGCUGGGCAGAGGAGAAACCAACAAAAACAAAAACCAAAAACAAGGGCAGCAACUGUGGCAUCGGAUGAAACAAGCACCUGGGACAGCUGCUGUGAAGUUCAAUAUUCCCAAGAGGCCCUAUCAGGUUCAGUGUUCUCCAGUCUCCAAUCAGGCUUUUCCUCCAGGCGAGCAGCCCUCAGGAUUGAAUCCAACUCCUUCCUCCCCAGCUACUGCUGUACCUGGAGGUGCUCCGACACGACCCCAGGACUGGCCCCAAGCCAUGAAGGAGUACGUUCAGCGGUGUUUUGCAGCCUGUGAGACGGAAGAAGACAAAGACCGCACAGAGAAGGUGCUAAAGGAAGUCCUGCAGGACCGGUUAAAGGACGGCUCUGCUUACACCAUUGACUGGACUCGUGAGCCAUUGCCAGACCUAAAGGUCAAACAGUCUCGUUGGGAAGCUGUUCCACAACAGAGGACAACAGAUAGCUCAGUUAGCCGUGGUGGAAUCACUGUGUCUGCAGCUUCAAGAGGCAGGGGUGGUGGACACAGAUUGGGCCAUUACAGAAAUAUAUUUUCUCAAAGGAGUCCAUCUUCUAGUUCCUCCCAUUCCUCCUCUCGCUCACCAUCUCCCUCUCAUGGCCGACAGAGGGAUCGCAGUCACCAAAGGCACAGGAGAAGUGAUUCCGGCUCCCAGUCAGACAGCAGUAUUUCCAGUGACCUCCGACCUCAACUGUCAAGACGAAGUCAGAAAGGAGCACGUGGUCGUGGUAAUGAUAGGGAUAGAGGACGAGGAGGUGGAGAGAGGGGACGAGGAAGAGGAGGAAAAGCCAAUAGAGGAAGGCGAAACAUGGACGAUUCCAGUGCAGUUGUUGGAAAAAAGAGGAAAGGCGGCAGUGCUGGUUUCGAUUUUCAUGACCCCAACAGAGAGGCCAAGAAGCAGAGUAGAGCAGCUCGUUUCCACAAGCAGCUUCGUUCAGAGCCCCUGGUUCUCUCCAUCAGUACCCUGGACCUACCUGAUGGAACACAGGAGUGCCUCAGCUGGGAGGACUGCCCCAUUGUGGGAACAUGUCAGGACAUCACUAAGUCUUAUCUACGUCUUACAUGUGCUCCUGACCCCUCUACUGUGCGUCCUGUGCAUGUGCUGAGAAAAUCCAUGCAGGCUGUGAAAGCCCACUGGAAAACCCACCAGGACUACGCCUACGCCUGUGAACAGAUGAAAUCCAUACGUCAGGACCUCACGGUCCAAGGAGUUCGUACUGACUUCACAGUGGAAGUGUACGAGUGUCACGCACGCAUUGCUCUGGAAAAGGGAGACCAUGAAGAGUUCAACCAGUGCCAGACCCAGCUGAAGUCCCUGUAUAAGGACACUCCCUCAGAGAAUGUUGGAGAGUUUACAGCGUAUAGAUUGCUGUAUUACAUUUUCACUAAAAACUCAGGAGAUCUGACCACUGAGUUGGUGUACUUGACCCCAGCGCUACGGGCAGAUGCGUGUGUGGCUCAUGCACUUGCACUCCGGGCUGCCUGGGCAUUAGGAAACUAUCGGCGUUUCUUUAAGCUCUACCUGGAAGCCCCACGCAUGGCUUCAUACCUAAUUGACAAGUUUGUAGAGAGGGAAAGAAAGGUUGCACUUCGGGCCAUAGUUAAAACGUUCAGGCCCGAUUUGCCGGUGCAAUAUGUGCAGUCCACUCUGGGUUUCCCUUGUUUAGACUCCUGUAUGACCUUUCUUACUGGGCUAGGUGUCACGUUCACCCCCUCAGACCCCCAAAAGAUAGACUGUAAAACCAGCACAGCCUCUUUGGCUGCCUCCUGAGGGAGUGGGUGCUAGCACACUGAAGGGAGGCAGUAAGGGACCAUUGUGGAUCCUUUUGAUAUUCAAUACACUGCACCUAGACACCUCAGACAGUUCAGAUAGAGUAGUGGCAGACUAACAAGAAACAUGCUAACAUAUUCUGCUGCAAGACCUGAAUUUUAGAUGCAGAUGUAGUUUUCUGACAGGGAAAUUAGCUGUUUUAAACAUGAGGGCUAAUAUCUGCACACUGUCACUCAAUAUAAGUUAGUCAAGUGGCCAAGUUAUCUCGCUAAAUUUACAAUGCCAGAGAAGUGAGCAAACAUUUUAAAUUGGGAUUAUCAUAUAGUCUCAGCACUUAGAGGCCAAGAGAUCAGACAGCACAAGCAGGGAAGCGUUCAUCCUCCUUUACCACCAUCAGAUGUCAAAGCUAACAGUGUUAUGUUUUUUCCUUCCUCAAGUCAGCAGCUCCAAGACCUGAAGGUUCAAGUCUUGUCAGUCAAAGGGGAAACAAACAGCUCUUCAAAUAAUUUAUCCAGCUCUCUGCUGUUUGAAAUUGAGCCAAUGGAGUCAGAUCGGCUUUGUAUUUUCCUCUAAGAGACAGUGAGAUGACAAGGUGAGAAGAUGCCAGCAGUUUGUCUGAAAGAAGGAGUGGUGGUUUGUAUGCCCUGCCGUCUGUCCUGUUUCCUCAUCGUGUCCACAGUUAGCUGUUCAUCCUUGUCCUUGUCCCCAGCCCGUGAAAGCAAUGGACUGAAAUCUGAAGUCUUGUUCCUAUGGGGUAUUUAAUUUGCUCAUCACUGUUUUGAACUGAGUGGCCAGCUUUGGGAAGAAGUCUCUAUCUGGUGAGCAUUGACUUUGUAUAUGACAAAGGAUACAGCCAAGUGUUCUUCAUCAAGUUCUCGUCCGUACCGUGGAGCUGCACUUCAGAAUCAGAGUAGCCAGUGGCAGAGGGGGAAUCUGCUUUCAUCAUCCUCAGGUAGAAGUUCCUGCCGGCACCUAGAGUCCAACAUACUGCGGUCAACGCAGCAGAGUGCAGUGAAGAAUCCCAUCUUUCAUCUGUGUCUAAUGUUUAAACUUCAUCGGCUGUUACUCAAAAGCAACACGGCAUCUUCAGGUACAGCUAAAGGAGAAUUCUGCAUGGUGGAGCAUUAAAGAAAACAGGCUGCUUCUACACAAAGAAUUAACGAGUGGUUUGUAUGCUACAUCUGGCUCUGGCGUUUGCAAGACUGGUAAGCAAAAGGGACUUCUCUGGAAGGAGGUGGAUGAUGGCCCAGCAGAUGUUAUCUCUGUUUUUUGUGUUGCUCAACAGCAGUAUUGGCCUUUCUCUUCAGGAAAGGAAAAAUUAUGGACCUACACCCAGUUUUAUGAAAACAUAACAGGCUUAUAUUGGACAAGUUAAUUAUCAUAACAAAUUUGGCUAACUGCUAAAAGACGCCAGAAAUAGUACUGCACACUGGUGUCUGAAUGUCAUAUGAUAAAGUAUUUAAGUCAAAAUGUGUUUUAAACACACAAUUUAAUAAAUAGAAGCGCAAACUAGUGCUUUCAUUUUUCCAGAUGGUAUGAAAUUUCCUACAGUAAAAGCUGUAGCAUAGUGUACUGAAAAGCUUCUUUAAGUGGUUUGGAAUUGUGGAGUUAGUUCUUGGAUGGGAUUUUUCAUCCCUUUUUUGCUCUUUUCAGAUUUGUGCUUUUCAUGACCCAACAAUAAUAUUGGUAAUUGGGAGAAGAUCUAUUAAAAUAGUUAAAGCGGUAGUGAUUAGACAAUUCACAAAUGAACCCCUAACCAACAUAACCUUUGAAACUAUCAAACGUAUUUUGUAAUUUGGGCUGUCGUACAAAAUGACCAAGCUUAAACUGAAAACAGGUUAUUCCUCAUAAUCAAUUUUUUUUUUUUUUAAUUUUAUUUUAGCAGUAUUAGUUUCCACUAGAAAUAUUGAGCUUGAGGUGUUUAAGACUGUGGUGUAACUGCCCAGGACACAAGUGGCUGCAGGCUUGAUGUACAAUCCACAUGUCUAGUUGUGUAAAUAUUUUCUGAUAUUGCUGUGAUUUCUUUUCAGUUAGUGCAUAGGGUUGUUUUUUUUCCCCCUCCUCCCUCUUACCCAGGUAAGACUGACUUUUUUCCCCUGGGAUCCACAAAAUUCUUAGAACUAUGAUGUGAAUAUGUAAACUUAAUGCAUACAGGUCUGCUUUGGAUUGUGUGCUGUGUAUUCAUCACAGUAGUUACAGGGGAAGAGUUGGUAAUUGCCGGUGGUACAGCCUGAAAGCACUGGUAAACAAACCACAUUCCGAGGGAGGUCAUGCUCAAAUUCAAAGAGCUGGUUGUUUAUAACACUCCCACAUUGUGUCACUUGCCUGUUUUUUGACAAACAACAAAUUCCCAUCAAUCUGACAAGUCACUUGCAAACCUGGACCAUCAGUUUUGUUUUCACGCUCUUCAUUAUUGCAGACAUUUUGUGACGAUGGUGAUCUCAACAUGUUCUCUUUCUUUCCCCUUCAUCUACCUUGUCCUUUGUCCUCCUUGCUGUUCCCUCCUCUCACUCCCUGAAUCUCUCUCACACACCACCAGACUUCUCAUUCUUCAGCUCUUGGUACUGCUGCAUUGCAGGAGCCCACGGAGUGAUGAUAAGUGGGCGAACCUCCUCCAGACGCCAGCCGGAGAGAGUGAAUUGUGAGCAAACAUGGUUUGACCCACUCAAGUCGAAGCCAUACAACUGCAAAAAUACAUGGGAGCCUCACAUAAUGAAAUGUGGCAAAUGUUGAGCCACAUGUGAUUUGCUGCUAACCCAAAUAUUGAAACAUUUUUCUGUGUAACAUGAUGCCUAGUUUUAAACCGUGUUUGAUAGUUUCCAUGUGCUGUUUUCUUUUUGUCCAGACACAUUUCCAUUUUUUGAUUAAUCUGUCUGCAAUUGUUUGCUUGUAAAAUAAGUUAUCUACUUUUUUUUUUCCAUGUUAGCCAAUCUAUUUUAUGAUUAGGAAUAAUUUAGCUUGUUUGCUGGGCAUGCUUGUUUUCAGUCAGUUGUUAGCUUUGAAAAAGAGGACCCCCCAAAAUAAAAUGUGUCUGGACAGCCAGAAGUUGUAGUCAUCCUCAAAGUUUAUCUGUAUUUAGUUUAGUUUUUUUUUUUAAUAUAUAAUAUUUAGGUAGAGUUGUGAAUGACCGCUUCUUCACAUGUGAUGAACUUGUUGACUGUGUAAAUGUAAAAUUUCACACAGGCUUUGUGUGUAGAGGAUGUUUGCUAUAUAGACAUUUUUUGUUUUGGUUUUGGUUUGGUUUUUUUGUGGAAAACUCACCCCAGACAGCUAACAGGAUACAUUUUCAUUUAGGAAUUUUUUUUUUUCCUCCUAUGAUGCGUGAGUCAUGUUUUCAGUAUUCGUUUGCUCCCAUGUUAAUGUAUACCUCCAUCAGUUUUUGUAACUCCUUCCCUGACACUUGAACCCCCAUGUCUCUCCCCUCAUCUGUGGUCAUUUCCCUUUAACCCAUCUUCAUUUGAGUUUCUUGUCUCUGUUCUCACUUCCUGAUUCCCUCCCUUGCAUGCUGCUCUCCUGAUCUCUCCUGCACAUCUCUAACCAGUAUUUUUCUCUUCUUAUUCUUAUCUUUUCCUUUUAAUAUUGAAAAUGUUGGUGACUGUUUGCCUUGUGCAACUAGUCACUCUCACUAGUAAGUAUAGUAUUGUGUCUGCAGUGCUUUAAUAGUUUGUGUUGCAGCUCACUAACACCUGGAGUUAAAGGUUUAUCUGCAAUGUCUCCUCCCUAGUCCCCUUCCUCUACAGAUCUGAUAUGAUAACUGCCAUUUUGUAAAUAACUUGUACAUAUUCUCUUUUGAGAAAAAAAUCUAAUAAAAUUCAAGUAUGAAGGGUAAAUAAUGUGAUUGCUUAUUACAACCACAAGUUGUGGAUUCAUUAGCCAAGUGGAUAAAACAAGCACAAGUGUUUUACAUGGUCUAUUUAUUGUGAAAUGUUAUGGAGUGAGAGACACUGGUGACACUGAGAAAUAGACUAGAUAUGAGAUCAGUUAGGUUACUUGACACAAGGAAGCAGUUCUCCUUCAUCCAGCUCUCACAUUUUAACAUGAGGCUAAAGAUGACUGUCAUUGGAGUAGUUGGGUGAAGCUGGUAUUUGGUGGUGCAGUAAAAAGGAAAAGUUGAAAUUUGAGAGCAAGAACAGAAUAUAAACCAGCAACAAAAGAGAAAUAUAGAAGAAAUAAAAACUACAUGCAGU